AUGGCCCCCUUAGCCGACGUUGGGAGCUACUUGGGCGGUCUGGACACCGGCCACGGCGCGGCCCCUUUCUUCCUCCCGGCGGCGGACACCCCGGUGCUGCUGAGUGACCACCUCGCCCAGUCGGAGAGCAGGUUAUCCCGAAGCACCGCCACGGACUUAGUGCAUCUGCAGGGGAUCCUGCGGCGGCGGCAGCUGUACUGCAGGACCGGCUUUCACCUGGAGAUCCUUCCUGAUGGGACGGUCCAGGGCACCAGGAAAGACCACAGCCCAUUCGGGAUUCUGGAGUUCAUCAGCGUUGCUGUGGGGUUGGUCAGCAUUAGGGGAGUGGACAGUGGUCUCUACUUGGGAAUGAAUGACAAAGGAGAUCUGUAUGGCUCGGAAAAACUGAUAGCAGAAUGCAUCUUUAGGGAGCAAUUUGAAGAAAACUGGUACAACACGUAUUCUUCCAACCUGUAUAAACAUAAUGACACAGGGCGACGAUAUUUUGUUGCACUUAACAAAGAUGGAUCGCCAAGAGAUGGGACUAGAUCCAAAAGACAUCAGAAGUUUACACAUUUCCUACCGAGACCCGUGGAUCCUGAGAAAGUACCCGAGCUCUAUAGAGAUAUAUUAGGAUAUAGUUGA